CUUCAGAGAUUUAAUGUCUUCUUUUCUCUUCAGGUGAUUUCAUCUAAGACUGUGUCUAAAGUCAGUUGUAGUUGUUCUGCUCGUCUCUUUUUCCAUUCUCUUCUUUCCUUCAGCGAUUCUGUUUGUUAACAGGCUUAUUAAGGUUGAGAUGACUCCAUGUUUAAUAUACACCGAUUUUGUGGCUCAGAUAAAGUCCAGUUCUGCUUUAUUUCUUUGCUCUUGGCUGACAUGUGGCAUUGCUAUGGCCUGCUUGUGGCCCAGAUCUGGCAAACAGGACUGGGCCACCAAAGGGCCAUCACUCAUUGCUGCAUGUGGGCCAGAUCUGCAUGCCACAAGUGCCAGAUGUGGGCCGGAUCUGGGCCGAAACAAUGUUGCUAUGUGGGCAUGGGCCAAUAGUACCCACAUUUUCAACAAAAGAGCAAUUUCUGAAACCUCUGGGUCCCAAGAGGGCGUACUUGGCGGUUGACGACGCUAUGUCUAGUCACCCUCAAGCCCACCUUUCAUCGCCAGUGAGCAGCAGUGGCUGUGUCCCGCACACACUGUGUCCCUUCACAGGCUGCCGUGUCUUCACGAAAGUCGCGGAGGCGGCCAUUGCUCCCAUGUGCGAGCGUGGUGUGCACGUUCUCAACUUCCUCGAUGACUGGCUUAUUCUCGUCCAGUCGAGAGAGCAGUUGUGCGAACACAGGAACAUGGUGCUCAUUCACCUCAGCCACCUAGGGCUUCGGGUCAACUGGGAAAAAGAGCAAACUCACCCCUGAGCAGAGGACCUCUUUUCUCGUUAUGGAGUUGGACUGGAUUAGCAUGACAGCUCGCCUCACCGAGGCCCGCGUCCAGUCAGUGUUGAACUGCGUGAGCAUGCUCAAACGCAGAACAGCGGCACCACUGAAACUAUUUCAGAGGUUCCUGAGGCAUAUGGCCGCCCCAACACUGGCUCCACGAUCGAUUCCCAAGAUAGACGUGACAGAGCAGCUCGUGCCGGGUCCAAAUUUCUAUACCCUCUUGGGAUUUGUCUCUGGUCCUUUCGGCUCUUCAGAGACCACCUUUUGAGUCUUUGCAGUCAGCUGAAUUCUGACCUGUAAAACAGUACUCCUGGUUGGACUGGCCUCCAUCAAAAGGGUAGGGGAUCUGCAUGCAUUUUCGGUCAACGAAUCGUGCCUAGAAUUCGGCCCGGCUAACUCUUACUUGAUCCCGAGACCCCGACCCGGAUACGUGCCCAAGGUUCCUACCACACCACUCCAUUCUGGGACCAGGUGGUGAAUCUGCAAAUGCUUAAAACUAGUUUAAACUGUGUUUAAUUUGUAUGGAUACAUUUUAGUAACAAGGUAUUAUUCAUUGUAGAGUUUAUUUAUAAUCAUUUAAUUUUAAAAUAUAGAUUUUGGGGUUUGCAAGUGCACAACUGCUUAUAAGUUAUAUUAAAUGAUUUAUUUAUUGAAAAUGUAAAAAUGCAGUUUUCUGUGACGGUGUCCCAGCAAGGUGUGCAGGAGUGCGAUGGCUAUCAUGCGUCUCACCCACCCACACACACAAACGCACCAAAACUCACACACAUUAUGCGCAGAGACAGUCAAAUAUAAAAGGGCGGUGAGAGAUUCACUCGGGGAGCUUUUCAACUUUAAACCCAAUUCUUCAGUCCUCUGAAACGAUCUACCUGAUCAUCUGAGGGAUUUGACUGAAUCAAGAUGCUGCUGAUUAUCAAAGUUCUUCUCAUUUUAGCUGCUCUAAGACAGGAUAACAGCGCUACUGCAGGACAGAUAUUUCCAUUGGAUAUGGCACCGAAUUCAGUUGAUGAUCAAUAUGACGGAUGUACUGUGAAAAUGGCAGAGCUGGUGAACACAACUUAUCUAGAGAAGGAAAUAUCGACCUCAGCUGAAUUUAAUAAGACUUGGCAAGAAGGUGAAGAGAAAGCCAAGAAAGCAGAGGAUAACUUGCAACAGAUUCAUUCAGUCGCCAUUUACGUGUACACUAACAAAGACUCUAGAGCAUAUAGUAAUUUCACAAGUGCCACUCGUACUGACAAACAGAAAUAUAAAGAGGGGACAUUCAAGUGGUAUUCGCUUCACUUUCUGUUGACAGAAGCGUUACAGAUUCUGAAAAAAACGCACAAAACAUGCUACGUAACUUAUCGAGGAACUAAUGUUGAAUUCGAUCUUCAGAGCAAAGAGGUUCGUUUGAGCUCGUUUUCAUCCUCAUCUCUUGAUCCUAAGGUAAUACAGGGUUUUGGAAAUAAAUCUUGUUUUGAAAUAUACACUUGUGAAGGUGCUAAUUUGACAAAAUAUUCAAAGUAUCCUGAGGAGAAAGAGGUGCUGAUUCCUCCAUAUGAGACGUUUAAAGUUACUGCUGUCAAAAACAGAACAAAUCAGCCAGAUCUCUGGUGUGAGACUGUGUUUGUGUUGAACAGUACUGGAACAAGAAGUGAACUGAGCUGUGCAUUGUUUAACAGUGGAAACCAUGCUUCGUUCUUUCAUGUUUUACUCAUUUUGCAGGUUGUAUUUUGUGUUUACCUGCUAACGAAUUAACUUGUACAAUUUGCAUGUUUCUCGUUGUUUCUGAACUUUGUAUUUAUUUCUAUCUCUACAUUUUGAUACUAUGUAAUAAUGGGAAAAAAUAAGCUUUUCUAAAUUAAUCAAAUCUUUUUUUUUUCUUAAAGUCCCCAUGAAAUCAAAAUUGAACCUAUGUUAGCGCAUA